CCAUUUCAAACUUUAUACGGUUGGGUUUCCGGUAACACUCAUAUGAUUUAAAAGAAAAACCCUAAUUUCUAAUUGAAAAAUCUGUGCAAAAAAAAUCAAAAUACAAUCAAGAUGGACACCCAAGAGUCAGCAGCAGCAGAGGACAAUGUAUUGAGAAUCAAAAAUACUAUGGAAACGGAGGAAGAAGACGAUGAUGGAAUGGCUCUAACUCACCUCUCUCAGCCAAGCUCUAUCACUUCUUCAAAUCCUAAAUCUCAUAUAACGAAGGUAACUCUUGCUGAUCCAGUGAAGGAGUCAAUAGAAUCUGAAAAUAGGAGUCUUAUGGUUGAGAAUGGUAAAGCUAAAUUGCUAGACCCUAUAGAGCGAGCUGAAGAGAUUCGUUCGAGUUUAGACCCUAAAUUCCCAAGUUUCGUUAAACUUAUGGUUAAGUCACAUGUUUCAGGGGGAUUUUCUCUGGGGAUUCCCUCGAAAUUCUGUGCUAAAUUUAUGUUAAAAGAAGACAUUUCAAUGACUUUGUUGGAUGAAGAAGGGAAAGAGCACAUUGCAAAAUACCUUGCUGGAAAAUGUGGACUCAGUGCUGGAUAGAGAGGGUUUGCUAUUGAUCACAAGUUAGUAGAGGGGGAUGCAGUGGUUUUCCAGUUAAUCGAGAUUAAUAAAUUCAAGGUAUACAUUGUAAGGACAACUGGUUUAGCAGAACUUGAUGGUGCUUUUGGCUGUGUACAACUGGAAGCUUGUGCGCAGAAAAGUUGUCUAGGCAAGGCAGGCAAUGAUAUGAAGCCGACGAGAAAAACUGUUGUAGGGAAACCAAAGCGUCUUCCUUUACCUGUUGCUGAUCAACCUAAAAAUUGCAGUGAAGAGGCAGAUUCAGAGAAUUUGGAAGGUAUUAGAUUUGCAAGCUCGGUGCCUGAGUUUCAAGAUAUCAAGAAUGUAGAGAGUUUCACCAUAAUCUAUAACGAUUUGAAUAUAGAUUCGGAAAUGUCCAAACAUGUAAGGUCAAGAUACUACGAGCUCUGCUGCAGUCAGAAUUCCUUCUUGCAUAAAAAUCUUGUACCCGGCCUCAAUUGUAAAUUAGUUGCAGGUAUGAUUUGUGAAACUGUCAACAUUUCUGAUGCCAUUCAAUCUAGCCAAGUUAGCAGUACUUCUAGGGAUGUGUUUCAGUUAUGGAGAAAGAGUUUGGAAGCAUUUGAGCACCUUGACAUGAAUGUGGGUUUUUUGCUUCCUCGGUUGGAUGAGCUUAUGAAGCUGGCCUCUGAACAGUAGAUCUGAAAAGGGACAGAGAAGCUAUGUUGAACGAAAGCUUGCAGAAGAGUAGAUGAAAUUUUUGAAAGGCCAAUACUCCCUGGUAAUUUAUUCAGUAGUAUAUGCAGACUAAGAUAGGGUCCUUGGAGUAAUUUGGAUCUCAAAUUUUUGGUAACCUAUGAAGCAAAUCUCAAAAUUUUGGCAACUUACAGAGAUGUGUCUUCUUCUAUUUUUGGCGCAACACUGUAAGCUUGUGAAUGCUUCUUGUUGUUUCAUCAAAACGGGCAAUCUAUAUAGAAAUCAGCAUUUCAGAAUUUAGUUUUUCUUACCAGAAUGUGUAAAUUUUCUCUUUGUAACCAGACAAUCGGGAAAUUUAUGAAUACAAGUGCUAAAUUUCUAU